AUGAAAACGUUGCUAGUCGAAAAAGAAAAUCAGUUGGCCAAGCACCAAACUGGGCACAAUUCUGGUGUAAUUCAUGCAGGAGUUUAUUACAAACCAAAUUCAUUGAAAGCAAAACUUUGCAUUGAAGGAUUGAAGCGUAUUUAUGAGUAUUGCGAUGCAAAUAAGAUACCGUAUAAAAAAUGUGGCAAAUUGAUUGUAGCUGUUACUCCUGAUCAGUUACCAAGAUUAGAUGAUUUAUAUCAACGUGCUACCCAAAAUGGUGUAAAAGAUGUAAAAAUGAUCGAUGGAAAAGAUAUAAAACACAUCGAACCCAACUGUAAAGGUCUUAAAGCAUUACACUCACCUCAUACAGGAAUUAUUGAUUACACUCUUUUAUGUCGUGAUUUUGGAAAGAGUUUUGAGAGAGCAGGUGGUAAAAUUGCUUUAAAUUUUCCUGUGGAAAAAUUUCAUUCAGCCGAUGAUUCAAAUUAUCCGGUUAUUGUAGAAAGUAAGAACGGGACUAAAGUUUUAACUCGUUAUGUUAUCACCUGCGGUGGUCUACAAGCUGAUCAAUUAGCAACCGCGUCUGGUUGCUCAAAACAUCCAACUAUUGUACCCUUUCGUGGUGAUUAUCUUGUAUUAAAAUCGAAUAAAUCAAAUCUAGUCAAUGGAAAUAUUUACCCUGUGCCAGAUCCUACAUUUCCAUUUCUGGGUGUGCAUUUUACACCACGAAUGGAUGGAUCAGUUUGGUUAGGACCAAAUGCUGUAUUGUCAUUAAAACGAGAAGGCUAUAAUAGGACAGAUAUCAACUUGAAAGAUACACUCGAAAUGAUGACAAAUAGCGGGCUUCGUAAAUUAGCAUGGAAACAUCUAAGUUAUGGUUUAAGUGAAAUGCGACGUGCCUAUUCUCUUUCGGCAACUGUACGUCAAUUACAAGCGUUCGUACCAUCGUUAGAGAUUCAAGAUGUUGAACGAGGACCAAGUGGUGUGAGAGCACAAGCACUCGCUCCUGAUGGAACGUUGGUCGAAGAUUUUGUAUUUGAAUCUAUUAGUGACGGAUUGCUUGGCAAACGGAUUUUACAUGUUCGUAAUGCACCAUCACCAGCUGCUACAUCAUCGUUACCAAUUGCAGACGCGAUCGUGAGUAAAGCUAAAGAAUGUUUUAAUUUAUGA